ACGGUCCGUCCGUUGGAGUAAGCGGAGCUUUGUCCGGAGUUCCACAGAAUAAUUCUUUCUUCGCCUUACGUAGUUGCAGGCUCCGGCUCCCUCCGACCACCUUCCUCUACCUCGCCUUUCUUAUAUUAUAUUAUUAGUUAUUUGUUAUUGCUAAUAAUCCACUAAAAAAACCCUGCCUUUUUAGGCUAAUUGCAGUUUCCCCUCACUCUCUCGUCCAUCUGGCUUCCGCUGGCUCCGGUGAUCGCUAGGGUUUUGACAUCAGUGACGGUGUGAGGAGCAGCGGAGAGGAGAUGGCGGUGGUGCAAGGGCAGGGGAUCGACCCGGUCCUUCUCGACGAUAUCAUCAAUCGGUUGCUUGAGGUGCGAUCGGCGAGGCCCGGCAAGCAGGUGCAGCUUUCCGAGGCGGAGAUCCGUCAGCUCUGCGUCGUCUCACGGGAGAUCUUUCUCCAGCAGCCCAAUCUCUUAGAGCUCGAAGCCCCCAUCAAGAUCUGCGGUGAUAUCCACGGCCAAUACAGUGAUCUUUUAAGGCUUUUUGAGUAUGGAGGCUUUCCUCCCGAGGCCAAUUAUUUAUUUUUAGGUGAUUAUGUGGACCGUGGAAAACAGAGCCUGGAAACCAUAUGCCUUCUUCUUGCUUAUAAAAUCAAAUAUCCAGAGAAUUUUUUUCUUCUUAGAGGAAAUCACGAAUGUGCGUCCAUAAAUAGAAUAUAUGGAUUUUAUGAUGAAUGUAAGCGCCGAUUCAAUGUGCGGCUAUGGAGGGUUUUCACCGAUUGCUUUAACUGCCUUCCUGUAGCUGCUCUCAUAGAUGACAAGAUAUUUUGUAUGCAUGGUGGCCUUUCUCCUGAUUUAUCGAACUUGGACCAGAUUAAGAAUAUUACUCGUCCAACUGAUGUGCCAGACACUGGUUUAAUAUGUGAUCUACUCUGGUCAGACCCUGGUAGGGACAUUCAAGGUUGGGGAAUGAAUGACAGAGGGGUUUCAUACACUUUUGGUGCAGAUAAAGUAUCAGACUUUCUAAUAAAACAUGACUUGGAUCUUGUUUGUCGUGCACAUCAGGUCGUGGAGGAGGGAUAUGAAUUUUUUGCUGAUAGACAACUUGUGACAAUAUUUUCAGCCCCAAACUAUUGUGGUGAAUUUGAUAAUGCUGGUGCAAUGAUGAGUGUUGAUGAAACUCUUAUGUGCUCUUUUCAAAUCCUAAAGCCUGCAGAGAAGAAAUCAAAGUUCUUGAUGCCAACAAAAAUAUGACAAUCAUCCAUACUGCUAUUAUGUUUCUGCUUAAGGUCUAUUUCAGUUAUUCUAAACCCUAACUGUGUGGUGCUCAUGGAGGUUUGCUUGACGAUCGAUGUCUCGGUUUCUUUAAAUUACCGAGCCGUAAAUCUAUGAUGCAAAGUAAUUAGGGAUAAUGCGUGGAUGGGCAAACCCAAACCCUUCAGAAUGGCAAAUGCCAGAUUUAUUUUUCCUUUUUUUGGUUUGUUUUUAUUCCUUCAUAAACACCAUUAGUUGUAUAUGCAGUGAUCCUAUGUAAAGGCUUUGGCUUAAGAUUCUGCUGUUCUGUAUGCCUAAUUUGUUUCAGUUUAACAUUUAACUUCCUCGAUUUAUUGUUGGCCAAGACAUCAUAUGGAUUUUCAUUACCUUUUUCA